UCAGUCAGUAUUUGAAACCCCAUGCAGCUUUGCUUAGAAAGAGCUGUGCUGAAAAUACUACAGAAUAGGUCUUCUGUCUUCAAUAAUGAUAUACAGCCUAUGCAGGUGGGGAUACAUUUUGAGCAACCAUUGGCAUAAUUAGUCUAAAUGUGUGACGUGGGCUGUUAUCGUGUUGUGCUCGAGGUCUGCACCUGUUCACUAGGACACUGAAGCCCCCGGUGAGUGUUCCGUAUGCGUAGGGAAACAUCACUUUGUUUUGACAUUUUAAACCCUUUUACUUGCAUUAAUUACAUGGCGCGUUAUUUCUACCGAAUAUUUACAGUGAAGGCUGGUUUAGCAGUUACUAGGAGUUAUGCCAUCUAGACCCGUGAACGGCUUUUGUUCAGACCAGUGAUAUUCGGUGAAGAAGGCAAGAAGCUGUAGCCAAGUCAUAGUGUGCAGUUCCAACUGCGAUGUUCGGCCAGUCACCUCACGUUCUUGGAGGCAUCUUGUGGAUUCAGAAUCCAAUGAGAGCUGUCCACUGCAACCUGAGCCAGAAUGGGAUCGACCACCAGAUGAUGUGCCCGGACGACGUGACCUCACACCUGGAGGAGCAGCCCCUGGACCAAGGCGCCGUGCUGGACGACGACAGCCCCACCUAUCAGGACGUGAGCCCCGGGUACCAGCGCCACUCACUGCCCCAGCGCUCCGUCUCCGAGUCAGAACUCUCCCGGCCGGGGAAUGUAAAGCUGUCCAAGCCAGUGGUCCUGUGGACCCAGCAGGACGUGUGCAAGUGGCUGAAGAAGCACUGCCCCAAGCAGCACCAGAUCUACAGUGACUCCUUCAAGCAGCAUGACAUCACAGGGCGGGCUCUGAUGAGAUUGACAGACAGGAAGCUGGAGCGAAUGGGCAUCAUGCAGGAGGGCCAACGGCAGUACAUCCUCCAGCAGGUCCUGCAGCUCCGUGUCAGAGAAGAGGUCCGCACCCUGCAGCUACUCACGCAAGCUGACGUGGCUUAAGUUUGACAUUUCACCAUCAUCGCCUAGCAGGAGGAGCAGAACCAAAGCCUCUCUGGAGGGAUCUCCGUAGCCCAGGCGUUCUUGGAAACCAGCUGCCAACAGGACCCGGUCUCCCUCCGAACCUGGGCUUCCUACAUCUGACCCUUGACCUCCUCCCACCACCAAUCAAAGCCGUCCUAACCCCAAUCCUAAACCUUGAUUUUUAACCCCAUGCUUAAUUUCAAACCUUCAAACAAGUCAAGUCAUUGGCCUGUCCAGUGACUUAUCACAGACAGACAAUCAUUUUCUUGCCUUUAACCAAGAGUUUCCACUACAUUUGUCCCUAUCCCAUCCCAUCCCAACUCUCUUACCCCUUCUGAAUUACCACCAGGGCUCUAUUCUGAGAACAAGCAUCAAAAAUGUAUCCAUCCUCAACUGACGAUCCCACUACAAGGACUGUGGAGAACAAUGAGAAAACAAACACGUCAAAGAUGGCGUCCACUUCCAACAACCUUCUCACUGUAUAGUAAAUCCUCCAGUGUAGAACAGACCUUAAGUGUGAAUAGUACCCCCACGAUACACCACCGAGCAGGUGUGUAUAACAUUCUAGUGACUUCUAAUGGUGACUUUAGAGACAUUGGGUACACCAGCCUUCCUCUCUCUCUGUCCUCACUGACUAUAUCACCAGAGCAGUGAGAGGGCGCUACAUUUUGCAUUCCCUUCCCCUCUCUGUUCCUCUUUCUCUGACUGUUGUCUGCAUUGAUUCUGUGCCCUGUCAGAGUUUGGGCUUGCCUGGUGAAAUGACAUCUGUUGUCCCGUCUAUCUUUUCCUCGCACCUUUCCCCUCCUUCACUCUGUGGGUCGCUUUCUCAGCGCGGUCAGCAAGCCUUCACUGUGAAUACGUCCAGGUGUGGCAUGAAGCGGGAGAACCUGGAAAACCAAAAGGUACUAAAUGUGAUGGUGAAAAGACCUGGCAAACCAAAAGGUACUAAAUGUGAUGGUGAAAAGACCUGGCAAACCAAAAGGUACUAAAUGUGAUGGUGAAAAGACCUGGCAAACCAAAAGGUACUAAAUGUGAUGGUGAAAAGACCUGGCAAACCAAAAGGUACUAAAUGUGAUGGUGAAAAGACCUGGAAAACCAGAAGGUACUAAAUGUGAUGGUGAAAAGACCUGGCAAACCAGAAGGUACUAAAUGUGAUGGUGAAAAGACCUGGCAAACCAAAGGGUACUAAAUGUGAUAGUGAAAAGUCCUGGCAACAUAAAUGGAACACGGUAUGGUAUUGCGAGGACCUGGCUAAAGUGCUUUUGAGCCAGGGAAAAUGAAAUGACGGAUAACCUACACGGGACAAUUGGUUGGUUGAGGAUAUGGUUGAGGGAGAGAACGAGGCAAGUGCUUCUCUACUGAUGAUGAAGGAAAAGAUUCUCUCACAUAUCUCACUGCUUGAGACUAUUUUUAGAUAUGAGGUAUAUUGAAAAUAGUGUAGAAAGGAAAAUGUACCGUGGGCAAAAAAUAUAUAAUCAUCCAAAUGUCUGUCAAGUCUCAGAGAGAGACGUGGUAUGUAAUCUCUCGGGUACUGUUUUUAUGAGAAACUAACUCUUUGCUGUGACUGUUCAUGUGAAAUGGCCAUUCACUGGUGAUAUAAAGGCAUUUUACCGGUCAUGCCAACAAACCUGUUGCUUGGGCCAUCGUGACCUAUAUGUGUGUUUUCACACCUUGUAGCCAGUAAUGAACUUUAACUAAAGCCAGUAUGCUGGAGUGAUUCCUAUUACCCAUGUAUCACUACCAGUGUAGCAUGACCUAUUGUUACCAUCACAACAACCUCCUCCCUGUGAAUAGGAAUAAAUGGGGAUCGAAAAAAUUGAAAUGGCCACCAAGAAACCAAAGGGGGAGAAUUCUAGCCCUGGAGAGCCUUUGAUUUAGCGGAAUUUAAUUGCAACAUUGGGUCUUGUGUGUUACGAGCGUCCAUUGUUUGGUUUGGAGCUUGCCUUAUGCUCUCUAGUGGUUGGUUGGCCCAGUAGUAGCAGAUUAGUAUUGAUUAAACCUUCAGGACUGCGUUGCCCUCCAGGCCUGGAAUAGCCCAAUCCCUGACAUUGGAGAGGUAAGGAAUGCUGAUACUUGGUCACAUGGGAUGAAGUUGUCCAUAUCAAAAUACAAGUGGCUAUUUCAUGCUUCGGUGGAGCUCUGGUGUCAGUGUCUCUCUUGGACUGUGUGGGCUGCCUGCCCUGCCUGGCUGCUUCCAGUCUAGAAGGCUGGCGCUCUGAUUUCACAUCAUCUGGAUGUCAAUAGCCAAACUGGGAGGAGCGGUCUACAGAGUUUUAACACAAGGCAGUGUUUUGUUGAGGACAGUAUUGUAUUCAGUGUUUGGGUAAUGGGAAAACCCCUCCUGCAACUGUAACAUGUCAGGAUGGAGCAGACCCACCAUAACUUGGCUGGUGGGAAGUAUGAUUACUUUGUGUGCCGUAGCCAACCAUGUGACUUUCAAGGCAUUUCGAACCUGGGUCGUGUUCAUUAGGGAAUACCAUAACAAAACAUUUUGCAACAGAAAACAAAAACGAUGGUUUCUUAUUGGACAAGUCCAGGUAGUCCCUCCCUGUUUGUCUGUUUUCUCCUGUUUGGUUCCUAAUGAACACGACCCUGCCAGCUCUGCCAAGGUGCCCGAGGACUUGCCUGAACUGGCUCUUUCCACAAUCUCCUGAUUUAUUUUUUUAGGCAUUUGGAAUUUUUUCGUUGGCACUUUACUAAGUACACUGGUACACAAAAUAAACCUUAUACUGAGCCUCACUUUCUUAUUGCACAAGAAAAACAUGCAUGCAAAUAGAAGCAGACAUACAAGGAAUUGUGUCACUACACAUAGUCAGACAUUACAUUCACAGGUGUAUAUGCAUCCAUCACGUUCUCAUUAUUCAUGAGUCAUUCAGUAUCGUGGUAGCAUCCACAUUAGUGUAGAAGUGUUUAGAAACAUUCUAUUCUUAUUUACAUUUUUAUUCAACUAGGCAAGUCAGUUAAGAACAAUGACGGCCUACCGGGCCAAACCCGGGCGCCGCUGGGCCAAUUGUGCGCCGCCCUUUGGGACUCCCAAUCACGGCCGGUCGUGAUACAGCCUGGAUUCGAACCAGGGUGUCUGACGCCUCAAGCACUGAGAUGCAGUGCCUUAGACCGCUGCGCCACUCAGGAGCCAAGAAAAGUGACUCAAAUAAUGACGUUAUACAUUAUUUACCAUUUAUUUAUAUCGGGCUGAAAAUGAUCUGAAACGCAACUACAACAAACAGUAAAUGCAUCCAACAAGUUUCUAGUCACAAGCUUGACGUAGUCAUUGCAUGCUAGAAAAUAUGGGACCAAAUACUAAACUUUAAUACACAUUUAAAUUAAUUUGUCCCAAUACCUUAUGGGACCCCCAUUUUAGGGGACCAAUGAUUUCCAGCCCUGUAAUUUCUAAACAGUUCACCUGAUAUGGAUGAAAAUACCCUCAAAUUAAAGCUGACAGUCUGCACUUGAAUCAUUUAAAUCCAAAGUGCUGGAAUACGGAGCCAAGAAAACAACAAAAUUGUCACUGUCCCAAUACUUUUGGUGCUCACUGUAUUUGGAAAGUUCUAGGCAAUGGGGACUGUCUAAUUUGAAUUUAUUUUUAGUGUUGUUUUUUACAAUUUUGCAGAUAUAUGAAGUUGGGUUACUUCUAAGUAACUUUGGGUUGCUUAGAUUUAGAUUUUGUUUAGGUGUGGAUUGAGACCUAUACGUUCAUAUCAGUUGUGUUACUCCCUUGUAUUCACCUUUCCUUAUUUCUAUUGUGGAUCGUUUCUGUGAACCAAUGGAAAGGCUACAAAACAAUGAGCAAACCAGAUUUUGUAUUGAAUACAUGGACUUGGAUUGUGAUGAUACCGAUGAAUGAAUCCUGCACACAAUGUUCUUUAUUUUAUAUUUUUAUCAGGAAUAAUGUUUGACUUGACGUGUAUGAAAUUGUUUGAUCAAAUAUGCAUAAAAGGAGAGUAGUUCUGCACCUUUCGUAUAGUUUUUCUUCCAAUAUUGAUCAUGAUUUAGUAUCUGCAAAGAAAAUGUAUUGAUCUAAUGGGAUUUUUAAGACUGUUUUGUCUGCUUGGAAUCAAGAUAAAUAUGGUUGCAGGCAGUGGUGUUAUUUUCAUGAAUCUAUUUGCAAUUUUGACGGUAGACUAUAAUAUAGUUUUUUUUUUUUUUAUGUAUUUGUUUUGAGAAGGCAACUACAUUUUGAAAACGCAUUUACUGUUUUGCAAAAGGCCACAUAGUUCUGCCUUGUGGAACUCUGUUUUGAAAAUUGACAACAUUGUGCAAAAAAAUCGCUUGUACGCGAUUGAGAAAAACUGUAAUGUAUGAUUUUUCUGCCAUUUUUACAGAAUGUUUUUAAUUACUUGCUGGUGUUUUCCGUAUCAGACAGGCAUGCAGACCAAGUCUUCAGCCCCCAUACGCGCCCCCCCCCUCCAUCUACAUAUAGGGUGCAUAAUCUUAGAUAUCAAUGAAAUGUUACUUCACACCCAAUGUCAUAACACUUCAUAUGUCAUAACAGCUGACAUUACAUGUCAUAACCUGUCUAUAAAAUGGUCAUGACACUUUAUAUUUAGACCUGGGGAGACGUAUAAUGCAUUAUCUUAUGGCUGUUGUGACCCCUACAUAAGUCACAGGAGGCUGGUGAGGGGAGGAUGGCUCAUAAUAACGUCUGGAACAGAGUGAAUGGCAUCAAACACACAGAAACCAUUUGAUACCAUUCCACCAGUCCCGCUCCAGCUAUUACCACGAGCCUGUCCUCCCCAAUUAAGGCUCCACCAACCUCCUGUGAUAAGAGUGUCAAAACCUACCACAGUAGUUAUUUUAUGGCAGGUUAUGACACCUACUUAAGUGUCAAAACGCACAAAACCUACCGAACAAUGCAAAACAUUCCAUUACGCCAUAACCUACUUGUCAACAGUAUGUUAGCGUUUUUAUUGAUCAUUGUAAUUGCGUACACAUUGACGUCAGACAUGCACCUACCCCACGCUCUGUUGCUGAUGACUGGGAUGAAUGCAGGAGCAGGACUGAUAUAAGGGCAGGUACGUGAUAGGCCUAUCUGGCUUAUAUGAUUAUGAUGGUCAUAAUACAUCUUGGCAAUGUCAUAAAGUGUUUUUUCUACAAGUUAUCUCAAAUAUGAGGGGGAAAAAAAAAAGACUAAAUAAUUCAUAACAACAACAAUGGGUUUGAAAAACGAACUUUGAACCGAAAGGAAGCUUCUUGGCAGGGAAAAAACUCAUUUGAAUAAAUGUGGGUUUUGACACUUAUGUAGGUGUUAAAAUAACGCAGCCAUAAAAUAACGCAAUAUAUGUCACGACAGGUGUAAAUACAGUAUAUUAGUCAGGAGUGUUAUGAACAUAUUUCAGGUUAUACACGUUAUGUUAGUUGUUAUGACAUGGUUAUGUGUAAAGUGUUACCAAAUAAUAAUAUAACAAAUAAACCAAUUAACAGUGGGGUUUGUAGUCUUAUUAUUCUUUGUAAAAAAAAAUAAUCAAAUAACUAUAUUGAGUGAUGUUCUACUGUGGUGUACAUUACUGAGCGUACCCCGCUGCAUAUUUCUACAUAUUUAUACACCAAAUGUUCUUUACACACCUUUUAUUGUGUUGUGUAACCUAACUGACUGCUGAAUAAAGCGUGAAGACACAGAUCCUGAAGAUGGA